UUUAGAGGCAAUGAGAAAAUUUCUCGAGCACUCCAUAACUUGUCUCUUGCAGUGCUCUGGACAUGCCAUAGUGGCAGGGGAAGACAGACAGAGUGUCAACACCAAUGACUUUGGACACUGGGUCUGUUCUUGUCAGAUCAGGAGAAGAAGCUCUCUCGACUGGCCUGUCCCCCUCCCUCCUCCAUGGACGGAGAUGACAACAUGGACUUCUUCAACUACGAACCAAACCUCUUCCUCCAGGGGUUUGUAGUGAGUGGCAAGUCGUCGUAUUUACCUUUCUCAAUGGCCCUUCCUCCCUCCCUGCAUCAUCCACAUCAGCACCAACUUCAAGGAGGUCAGGUGGGUGUAAAUGAACAUUCCUUUCUUCAUUCGUGUCAAAGACGACAAUAACGAGAAGAAGCACAGGAAAUGUCUCGACUUUAGAGAUCUUCAUCAGUUCAAGGAGUGCUCUUCACGAAUGAUGACCGACUUUAUUGAGAGAAUGAGGUUGCUCCCAGUGGACGGCGGAGUGAGGGAGCGAUUCAUUUUCCACUUCCUGCACCACCUCAAGCUAAAGGCCUUCACUCUCUCCAAAUACGUGGAUAAUACUGAACCCAAGUCCCACGCGGGUGAGCAGAUAGUUGGGGUCCUGGCUCUCAGCAGAGGAGGCGUGGCUGACAGAUCUCGAGUGAACCGAGACACCCUCCAGCAGGACCUGUCUCUGGAGAGUGACGGAGACCUCCAUGUGGUGCUGGCUUUUGCCGAGAAAUCAGACCCAACACAUACAUUUACA